CGUGCGCAGCUUCAGUCUGGAGUCGCUACGACGGGACCGCAAUGAAGCGAUAUUAAUCCUUAUCUAUUUAUUUUAAAGUAUUGCGGCUCUCAUUCAUCGAUACAUCAGAGGGAGUCGUCGGCUUGGAAAGCUGCUAAAUGCGCUCGUCAGCUUGAGAGAUGACGAGGGAGUUACGAACGGCGAGAGAUGUGUUGCUGGUCGUAUCAGUGUUCAGCAUUCAGUCACCGACAAGAUUGCAGGGUUUGACAUUUUGCUCACAUGAUUCAAGUGAAGAGGAGGUGGAGCAGUGAGCUGUGCACUGCUGUAUGAGAGUGUUGCCUAGAAGAAUAAUGGAUGAGACGUGUCACUAACAUUUGAUGAAGACUGUGUUGGACUCUUUGAGCUGAAUUAUGGAGGGUAGUGAUGAUGUGUCUGUAACCCUGGCACCGCCCCAGACUGAUGUGUGCAACUCUGAGGUGGGAGGAGGAGAAACCACCGGUAAAGUGGAGAAUGGAGUAAAUCCAGCUGAUUCCUGCGAUGGCAGCGUGAUAGGACUGAGCAAAGGAGGGCUUUCGAACCUGGUGGAGACUCCUGCACCGUCGGUGGUGAGUCCCACCGCUGAAUCUCCAGGAGGUGUGGCGCUUAAAGUAGCCACAACUGUCCUCCAUCCAGUGUGCCUGGGAGAGAACCCUCUGAUGCUGCCUAUUCACCUCCAGAUGGCCGGAGCAGCCGGGGCUCAGCUCGGCCAAAUGGGGGCAGCACCGUACUUAAUAACGAGCCAAAGCCCAGUUUCACUUCCUCUGGUCUUGGAUCAGCAGGUCAUCCAGCACAUGAGUCCUUCUGUGAUUCCUCAGAGCCCUAACUGUCCCCAGUUGCCGCUCCAGAACAAUGUCCUGUGUCAGAAUCCUCUGACGUUCGGCUUGCCUCCAGCUGUCGACCAAAAGUCAGUAGGUCAAGCGCAGGAUGCUAACCUGCUCUCUCUUCUCCAGAAUCCGGCUUUUGCGGCCAUCCUGCAGGACCUCUUCCCUUCCCAGGCGGGUUCAUCUACCUGCCAGUCACCAGGCUCUCCCUUCUUCCCGCUUCCUCCCCUCACACCUCCCUACACCUCCCCUCUGGCCCCUCUGGUCCCUCCUGCCACACUUCUAGUCCCCUACCCUGUCAUCAUUCCCCUGCCAGUGCCUCUGCCCAUCCCGCUUCCCAUCCCUAUUCCUGUCCCGCAGACUGAGGACUUAAAGGGGAACAUGCCAAAACCAGUUUGCACUGUGAGUAAAAGCACUCAGACUUCUCCAAAAGAUACUACCUCUCCUUCGUUGUCUUCAAGCAGAUGCGUGCCAUCGUUCCAGCCACAAAAUGUAUCCCCAUCCUCUCUUCCUCUGGUUGAAGGACAGGCUCUAGACCUUUCUGUCAGGGCAUGUCCAGUUGAACCAAAACAGGAAUACCCCAGCCCGCAGCAGGACAGUGUGCUCGACUUGUCAGUGCCUGCUGUGAGGAAAAAAAAGUGUGUCCAGUCAUGUAGCUCCAGCGGGUCACCACAGCGAGACAGAGAAUUAUCUGUUGAAUGCACUCAGAGUUUAGAUUCAAAACUGCUGGGCAGUCUGGCUUCACUGGAGUUCAGCCGACAGCAUAAGUGGGUGGUUGACAGCAGUGCCGGUGGGUCUAGCUCUCUGGGUCAGGAGGCGUCUCUCUCCGGGGCGGGAAACCUUGAGAUAGUCAGCACCUCGCAGACGGCAAAGGUGAUCGUCUCGGUGAAGGACGCGAUCCCUGCCAUCCUCUGCGGGAAGAUAAAAGGCCUUUCGGGCGUCUCCACCAAGAACUUUUCCAUCAAACGGGACAGCAGCCAGGGGGCGUCUCUGCAGCAGCUCUAUGGAGUGCCAUCUGCGUCCCAAGGGGAGCAACACGACCCCAACGACCCGCUUAAAAAGGUCCCUAAAAACAGAGCUAUCAAACUGAAGAAGGUCAGCUCACAGGAGAUCCAUUUCCUUCCCAUUAAGAAGCAGAGACUGGCAGCACUGCUCCCCAGGAAGUGAAAGUGCUCAGAGGAGGGGGAUUAAUUGCGGGUCCGCUGUCUGGUAAUCCCUCCGGAUCGUACAACAUAAAACACAUGUGGGGACAUUCUGUAAUCAAACUCAUACACUUGUAUGUCCAAUCAAAGAUCAGAGUUUGGCUCCAAAUGUUGUAGAAACCUCAUGAAUGUCCUGACAGUGUGACACAGUAGUAACAGACUUCGGAAAUGUUUUCCAUUGGACUCCUGUGAAUUACUUUUUGUAAUGCACUACUCUACAGUGUUAGACUAAAUCGAGUUUAAGAGAAAUGUUUUUUGCGUAAGGCAGCUUAAUGGGCUCUCCAUGUGGCUUUGGAGAUUGUCUUUAUAAAUCUAAGAUGUUGAGAAAAAAGUUUUUUUUGACUUUAUAAUUACAGCAAAGACACAUGGGUUCCAUAUUUUUAUUUUUCCAUUUUGGUUCAUGAUUUGUUUCCACGUGUAGUUUUUACUUAAGUGCACUGAAGACCUAAAAAAACCUGAUAGUUGAGGUCGUCACUGUUCGCAGCAGAGCAGUACGAAACAGCAGGAUGUGACUGAGACUGUUAAAACAUGUCCCAUCAUUGGAAAUUCCCGUAGUCAUCAGUAGCUCACUGAAGCGGUUCGUUCAAUUUUUUUUUUUUGAUUAGUCGGGGUUUAGCAUGACAGGCUAAUAAUGAUCUGGCAAGGCCGGAGCCGCAAUUUCAUCGAAAUGAAUUCUUAUUUUGUUUAACAGCAGGGAAAAAAAGGGAUGUUUUAAUUGUUUUCACAUUUUAAACAGAAUUUGCUAUGGGCCUGUCCAAACGUAAGGAAAGUUUUUCUGGAAAGAGCUAUUUUUAUUGCCGGCUGAAUUAACCUCUUUUUUAAAGACACUAAGAAGCCAAAACUGAGGAAGCACCUCACAGCAAGUGGAUAAAACACUAGAAACUCCAGAUGUUUCCAUUAACAGACUUAUUAAGUGAAUCUAGGUUAUGAUAUUGAUUGAGAUGAAGUUGACGGGAACAGCCAGAUUAAAGAAGGACUGUUUUCUUCUUGCUUCAGUGAAAGAAAAUACUGUAGGUAUAUUUGUUAAGUGUGUUAUUAGUCUAUUAGAAUCAGUCCUUAUUGAGACUCCAUCCCCCCCGUUUAUCAAACUUCCCUGUUCCUAGUGGUUUGGUGUCAUUUUUGUUGUUUUCGUGGGGCGUGGUAUUUCUCUGCCCUAUGAUUACGAUAAGAGUUGUGAAUGUGAGCGUAUCGUCUGUGUGUGUCCGUUUAUUUAUCCUCUUGAGUGCACUUUGUCAUAGUUUAGUUGAAAAAAUUACCUAUUCUUCUAAAACUGUGUUGCCCCUUUGUGAUUAUAGCAUUUAUGAAAUCUGUAAAUUACAGGCCAAGAACUAAUAACAGCCAUAUGCAGACUGUCUGGAUGAACAGAGGAAGGGAUCGAAAAUACCUAAAGCUCCAUAUUUUACCAGCUGCUUUAUUUAUAUUGAUGUACUUUAGCAAAUACAGUACAUUUUACUUUUAACUCAUGUCUACAGUCCACACAGCAGAGGGCUCUUUUGUUUGUUCCCACAGUGAAGUAGUCUGAACUGAUCUUGGUUGUGCAGAUUUCAUCCUAACUUAUUCUUUGUAUGACUUUAAUUUAUACGAUCUGUACAUAUAAUGAACAGUCAGUUUAGUACUGUGUGACUGGAUAUUAAGAAAACUGCUUCCUUUGUAACAGUCAGUCUCACGAGGCAUUUUUUUGCCUAUGAAAACUUUCAUUUUAAUGAAGAUGUCAGUGAAGAAACAGAUGAAAUGUGCUGGCAGUUAAAUGUUUGCUUACUGUACAGUUUAUGUGCUUUUUAUAUGGAAGUGAACUAAAACCCUGAGGUCUAAAUUUGUGUCUCUGCCUUGUUCCUUGAUGACAAUCAAUCCAUUUUUAUCUCAAAUUUGUCAUUCGGUGUGCUUGAAGCUGGUUUGAAAUCAGUGAGAAAUGUUCUCAUGUCAGAAUUUACUCGAUUACACAGUCUUGGAAGAGACUCAGACAAACGGUGGAAAAUUAACCCAGUUUUCCACUCAGCUGGACAAAACUGCAGCUUUGGUACAGCGUUUGUUUCGUCCAAACUAAAACUUUCUGGUUCAAGAAUAAUUUUAAAAGCAUUUUCAAAUUGUUCUUGUCUUACAUUUCAUGUUAUAUAUAUAUAUAGCAGAUGCAGGGCCUGGCUUAUUUCUUACACUUGUGAGGUAAAAUUUCAAAACAAAUAGCACAGAGACUGAUUGAAUUUUCUAAACCAGUAACCAGACUACAUGUUUUUGU